GGCCCGCCACAGACGGUUGACUAAACCCUUUUCUCUCCUGGCAAAGUGCCAAGCGCGUGUGAUUCCAUUUCGGAGGGCGGUGGCCGGUGUGCGUUGAUUCCUGCGCCCCCGAGAGGACAGGAGGAGAGGACCAGCGAGCCCGGCGGGGAGGCAGGAAAGUGCCAGUCAACCUCUAGCGCUUCCCUUUCUCCUUUUCUUCUCCACCGCGGCGACGGGCCUGGUCAGGUCGAUCUGUCUUGCCGCCAUUGCGGUGAUUCGCAUCUUCGUCCUGCCGGGCGCCGCGCGUAUCCUGCAUCAUCAGGGUUGAGCAUAUUUGAGAGUGGAAGAAAUCAUGUUCAGGAGAAAGCAUGCCUAUCAUUUCAACUCCAGUGAUGCUGAGCAAAGACAAGCAAAGAUAAAUGAAUUAAAAUCCGCAUUUGGGCCUUUGUCUGCCCGCGGUGAGAAGUACUGCAGUGAAGCAUGUUUGAUAAGAUAUCUAGAAGCCCGGAACUGGAAUGUUACCAAGUCGAAAAAAAUGCUGGAAGAAAGCCUCAAGUGGAGGGUAGCUUAUAGGCCGGAGGAUAUUCGCUGGCCUGAUGUUGAUGUUGAAGCGGAAACUGGCAAAAUGUACAGGGCAAGUUUUCGAGAUAGAGAGGGAAGAACCGUUGUAAUUAUGAGACCUACAAAGGAGAAUACAACGUCCCAUGAUGGGCAAAUCCGGUUUCUUGUAUAUGUUUUGGAGAAUGCAAUCCUGAGCCUUCCUGAAGGUCAAGAGAAAAUGGUAUGGCUGAUAGACUUCACAGGAUGGACAAUGGCCCAUGCCACGCCUAUAAAGACUGCUAGAGAAUCUACAAGCAUCCUGCAAAAUUAUUACCCUGAGAGGCUGGGUAUUGCAUUUCUGUUUAAUCCCCCAAAAGUAUUUGAAGCUUUUUAUAAGGCUGUCAAAUAUUUCCUUGACCCGAGAUCAAUCGAGAAGUUGAACUUCGUGUACCUGAAGGAUGAGGAGAGCAUGAAGGUCCUGUACAGGUGCAUUGAUCCGGAGGUCCUUCCGGUGGACUUCGGAGGGAGGAACAAUGUGGUGUAUAACCACGAGGAGUACACCAAGUUGAUGCUGGAAGAUGACAACAAAACCUCAAGCUUCUGGGCAGAUGACGCGAAACCUGCUAACCGUGUCGCCAAUGGGACCUUGGUUGCCGAUGUCAGGCCUCAGUCGUCGCUAAUUGCUGCUAAAGCCAGUUGAGGAGUAUCAGCCUGUUCUGACGGGAGAUAUUCGAAUAGCUUUAAUGGAAGAAAUAGGUAAGUUGAGGUGCUAAUACAAUGUUCAUAGUGAAGAGAAAAUAAACGAAGUAACAAAAUAGAUAUUACUUGUUCAUAGUGCUCGAACGUUUUAUCUACUAUACACUGAGUUGUAACCAGAGGAUGUUCUUCAUGGGUUAUUGGAUGCCGGAAGGCCCAAAAGAAAUGGUGUACAUGGUAGGAGGCUGGAAGUGCAGCCCAGUUACUGUACUUCAAUCAUUCUAGGUACGCCGUGUUACUAGGCGUCCAAAUGCUCGAUACACAGGGCGUGCAUGUUCUGAACCAAAUUAUAAACACGCUCGUUGCAUAAAAAAAUGCAACUUGAUUCAUACUUUAAAGUA